GUUCGUUUGCUGUGUGGAUAGUGGAUGGAUUCGAAAGAGCUGUUUUGUUGUGUUCUGGGCUAGGCUAGGCUACAAGACGCGGUCAGACACAGACGUACAGACAACACACAAGUUGCAGAGCUGUCUGAGUCUUGUGCCCCUUCUUGAUAUGAAAGUUUUGAAAAGUCUAAGUGGAGUCUCAGUUCGUUUGUACCCAUGGAAUGAAAAGAAUUCUCAGCCAGUGAUGAGAGCUGCUCAGAAAGACUCCGCCACAGCAGACAGUCAUAAACCAAGGACUCGCAGCACUGUCACAAUAUGGAGUUUACCAGAGACAGUUCUCGUUCACAUAUUAAAGGGACUGCACAUCCGAGAUUUGUUUUCCCUUCAGUGUGCUCACUCAAAUUUUCGUGAUGUGGUGGACAACAAUAAAAGUGUUUGGGCUCACAUAUCCUUCUCAGAGUCGUGGCCCAAUGAAGAAAAUUUGCAUCAUUUUGCAAGGGCAUCUGAGUUGGGCAACUUUGAGGCUACAAUCAAGCUGGCCGUUGCUUAUUUGUACAAAGAAGGCUUGACAAAUGAGGAUGUUCCAAGCAUCGGGCAGGCUGCUGCAGAGUAUCUCGGCCGAGCUGAAAAUCUUACCCCAAACACGUUUCCUUUCUUUUGGAUUUUCAUCCGGCCACCUUGGUCGCCUGACGGCUCAUGUUGUAAAAUUCAAGCGUUUCACCAUCUCAAAACUCUGGUGGAUGAGACUGAGGACAAAGACCUGGCUUUUGGAGUUGCUUUAACGCUGAAGCUGCUUCGUCUCUCCUUGCAAGUCGAGUCGAAAGAAGGGGAAGAAAAGUACUUUAAGAUGGCUGUUGAAAAUCAGUCUGCAGCAGCAGCAUUCUUCUCUCUUCUUGACUGCUUUUCGGAUGAGCCUGACAAAGCCAAGGAACUGGAACGCAUUCGCUUGCUUCGAUUCAUCGCCUCCAAAGACAUACUUGAAGCCAGGCUCAACCUUAUCAAGUGCUACACUCAGGGGCAAUAUGGUGGGAUUUCUAACUUACGGGCAAGAGAGUAUGUUCAGGACUUCUUCAAAUCUUCGAAACCAUCUGGAAUUCAUAUUACCUUUGCGAGUGGCAAAACUUCGGACUUCAGCCGAUACAUCUUGGUGGACUGGUUGGUGGAGGUGGUUGGAAUGAAAGACUUCUCAGCUCACACUCUGUAUCUGGCUGUCAGCAUGUUUGACCGAUACCUACAAGUCCGAAAGAUUCCAAGAAGUCAUGUUCAGUUGCUUGGAGUUGCUGCCAUGGUCAUCAGUUCACGCUUCCUGGGAUUUGAUAUCUUAACCAUCCGUGAGGCAGCAUGGCUGACAGACAACAGUUACUCCUACCACGACGUUGUGAAGAUGAUGGGGGAGUUGGUGGCAGCUCUGAGAGGGAACAUUCGAGUAUUAACUAUUCAGGAUUAUGUGAAAGUGUUGGUGGCAAUUGUGAAGGAAACAGGCUAUGCGGCCAUGUUGGUGGAAUACAUAGCAAUGUUGUGCCUGCUGCAGUCGGAGAUGGGACAGUACAGCUCUGCUGAAAUCGCUUCCUCGUGUGUGCUUUUGUCUCGACUUCUCCUCAAUCAUGUCGAUCCCUGGCCUUCAGAACUCCAAGAGUGGACGGGCUUCACCCAGGAUUAUUUGAGCUUGUGCACUUUCCACAUUCACAAAAAAUGCCUCCAAGAGGGCUCAGAGGUGGAGUAUAGGGAGAGCAAACUGCAGGCCGUCAAGAUACGCUAUGGGGACAUCAACAGAUACGGGGUCAGUGAUAUUGAGGUAACUGGGCAUAAAGAGCUGUGCCGUCGACUUGGGGUCACCAGAUUGGUCUCACACGGCAAGAACACCAAGGCCAUAAAGUUCCGCAACACCGAUGAGCUGAUUAUGUCCCCUCGUCGAGGGAAAGGCUCCGACUACCCUCAGAGGACCUGCUCGUCUCCGGAGAAACGCUACGUCGAUCGGAACCAAGCAGCCACACCACCAAUCAAGAACUCUUAUGUGUUGGAGGAGGGUUUCAGCGGAUACGAAGGAGACCUGGAUGCAGACUUAGAUGAGUGUUUCAGUGACCGGUCCGAUGUGUUGAAUGAAGAGUCUGACCUGGAGAGAUCAAACCUGGCAGAAACGUCUGAUGAAAGUAAGGACUGGGAUCCAGAGGAAAGCUCUUUGAUAGAAGAGGAACCGGAUGAAAGCCGGGACAUGAGUGGCAUCGAUGUAAAGUGCCCCACGAAUAACGCCGAUGAUCAUGAUGAUGCUGAACGGGAGAUUGUUUGCCUGUCAAGUAUGUGUCAUUCCCGGAAUAAUGUCAAUUGUAGAUCGGCAUCCUCCUCGCCAUCCUCCUGCAUUUGUAACUGCUCAUGCAAAUCGGGAUACAGUGCCAUAAGUAACACUCAGGGAAAUGAAGAGUCACCCAAACUAUUAUCGUUCUCCUCUGCUUCAGCGUCAAUUCUGUCCGAUUCAUCAUCGCCAUCAUCCUCAUCUUUAUCUCCAGGGGUACCUGGAAUCAUCCAGAAUGUCCGCCAUUGCAUUCCGAGCGGUAGCAUCCGUCAAUCAUCCAAGUCUUCCCGGAGAGGCCGAGGAAACGUGCCAAAGACCCUGUGUGAUAUAUCAUUCCAUGAAAAGCAUAUCAAACACGUGGACAAUGUGGUUGAUGACCUAGAGUCUGGCCCGUCCUCCUCCCCCAGGAAUAAGGCAAAAUUGUUGGUAAACUGCAAAUCUACUCAGGAUUUUUCCACCUUUGAUGCUGUCGGCCCAGUGAAAGCUGAAAAGAUUGAGGUUCCAACAGAUGAACGAAUAACGCAUGGCUUGGCUCCGUCCAAGUCUGACCUGGUUCAGUUACCUGCCCCUGGUCAUCCCAGGGUUAGUUGUUCCACGCCAGCCUGGGCUGAGUACAGCACUCCUGACAGCGAACACACGGCCCCUAGACAAGGUGACUUGUCAACUGCUUGUUGGCAGGGGAAAGCCGGGCCAGACAAAAGUGAAAGCUCUCCGGCACUUUCAAGUUCCUCAUCACUCCCAGGUUUGCCAUGUGAGCAGUCGCCCCGGCAGAAGUGUCAGGGAUUUACUCACGUUGCUCACAAGUCGACGCCUCAUCUCUCAGGCUUCCGUCAUGGUUGUGUCGAACUUCAUCCUUGUGACAAAAGUGUUCAUCUCGGUGUUAGCGAUAUCUGUGGGCAUUUGUUGGAUUCUAGGGUUGAGGGCGGUACUUGUGGUGACCACAGCGGAGUUUGCUCGGCCCUGGCACUUCCCUGUGGCUCUGGUCUCAGUGGCGGUGUUAGUUCUGAAACGCCAGAGACCUCUGUGAAGCCUCACUCAUCUUGCCUGAGCUUCGACAAGUACAGCUGUCAUUCGGGAAGGGUGGUGUCUUCAAGGGUCCCCAACGGCGAUGAAGGUGCCACUGAAUGUGUUACAAGUCCGAAACGACUGUCAAAAAGGGUCAAACUCGAUUACUCGCAUCCAUCUGUGACAUAUGUUUCCAAAGCUCAAAAACCUUUACCUGGCUGUGUUAAUUCAGCAUCCUGUGAUACUGUGGAGGGAGUCCACAACACUUCAACUAGAGCUGUUGACUGUGAACGAAAUGAACAGAAUGACAUAUGUAUGCAAAGGAAACGGAAAGGUUCUAUCAGUAGUCAUGUAUAUUAUUGAGCCUAAUUGAAUGUGAAAGGUGUUUGAUAUUCUCGUCAAAUUGAGAAGCUUAUCCGAGUACCCACCCAAAGGGCCUAUUGCACAGGUGACAUUUGAUAAUUUUACAGUCAUAGGGGGGAUGGGUGAGUUUGGACUCUGCUGAUAUCAUUCUCAUGCUAACUGGAUGUGGUAAAGUAAAAUUGGAGGGGAUCUCUCAGAGCUGCUGCUCAUGUGAAAGAAUGGAAUGGAAGUUUGAAGUAACAGUGAGAUAGAAGUCCUGCAAUUUGCAUUGAAACAUCCCUGUUGCUUUUUAUUUUAAAGUUAUUAACUUUUGAAAUUGUCUCCGAAUGGCUUUAUGUUGCUUCAAAUUUUAAGUAAUAUGAAUCAUAUUUUUGUUUCUCGACAACUGAAAGAAAAGGUUUCUUUUGUUUGUGAAAUUACAAGUGGGCAAUAAUUUAUUUUACCUCCUGCUAUGGGAACAGAUGCUCAUAGUAUUGCAGCAUGUGGAGGACCUGUUUAUAAUGUCCUUCAUUGGAUGAGCACUGUCAAGACUCAACUCAGAAUACCACUUUGUGGGCAGUGGCGGAUCUGCUCAAAAUCAGUCCCGAUAUUUUUUAUACUUUUUUGUUUGUUGCCUUGUUCUUUUUAUAUUUACCUCAUUAUUUAUGGAGGCUUUUUUUUUCUUUUGACAAGAUUUCUUUUUGAAAAGGCAAUUAUUGUGCCAUGAUGACACCAUCUUUUAGUUACCAUUGUAUAAAGUUUUAUCAAUUGAAAUCAUGAAGAUAAAAAAAAAUGGUGCAAGUAAAUUAUUCCCUCUAGAUACUUGCUCCUCAACUCUGUAUAGUUCUAUAUCAAUGUCCCAAAAACCAACUGGGAGUCUCAUACCUGUUUAACAUCGUACCCCAUGUGAGUGAUUAUUUUUUUUUUGCCACCAAUGUAAACUUUCCCUUUUGUAUAACCUGUUGGAGUCAUUUCCCUUGUAUUACCUCUUUGCUUUUCCUCCCUACCUCUUCUUUUCAUCAGUAUUUUGUAUUGCAAUGUUGGGUGGUUGGCGGGUGCUCUUGUGUGGAUUUCUCCUUCUUUCCUAUCAAACAUCUAUCUUCCUUACCUCCCCUUUUUCUUUUUUAUGUUUCUUACUCUCUUGUAUUAUUGUAACACCUCUAAUCUUCUCGCUCAUAUGACCUUAUGCAGUUGCGAGCGGAGUAAAACCUAAAACAAGAGUGGCUACCACAGCAGAUUGUAAAAAUACAGUAGAGUAUGCUUGAAAGCGAUUAAUUAUCAGAAAACAGCAGCAAGCGGAAAGAAAGUAAAAUUCCCAAUUUUAUUCCUUCUCUUCGAACAACCUCUCUAAACCAAAGGAAAUCCGGAGGUCCUGCAGAUUUGGGUGUAAACGGACUCCACUGUACAUGCUCUCUCAUUGUGGAUGUUAACCUUCUGUGGGGCUUUAGUUCUGACUGCACGCAGGUACAUUGUACCGUUGUAUGGUAAUGUGUCGGGGUUCAGUGGUGGAAUGGAAGAGAGGGUGCGACAAAAUGUGAGUGAAACUGUGGCAGUGAGGUUGGAGUGGGAAUAUCCCCCAGCAGUGUACUUGUGGUUGGCUGGCGGGUGCUCUGGUAUAGUCUGCUCCUUUCCUAUCAAACAUUGUCUCCUUCUUUUGUUUCUAUGUUGCUUUGUUCUAGUUACACAACCUAUAAUCUUCGGCACAUAUUUGUGUUGUGAGUGCAGGAAAAUUCUUACCAAGAAGUUUUAAAGAUGUAAAAGUCCAGCAGAGUGAAUGCUGACUGGCAUCAUGUCACGUACUCCAAUUACACCGUGGGCUCAAAGUCACAUUAACUUGAGUAUCUUUUUCGGGUUUUGGACAUAUAUGCAAUGAUCACCUGCUUUUCUGCUCUUUUCUCUUAUGGCGCUAUACAUCGUUUUUAUAAGGAUGAAAGGUGGACUUACAAUCUGCUGUUCAAUUGUGACAAGUUUUUAUUUUUAUAAGUUUAAAAGUUAACUCAAUGCCUGACUCAACUCUAUGUCUGAAGACAGUGUAUCUUCUCUAGAAGCCUCGAUGUAUAUGGUUGUGAGGGAAUCUUAUUUGUUCUUCCCGGUCAUGCAAGCACAGAAAGAGCUAAAAGAGGCAGAGUUUGCUUUCACUGUUUUUCAUCGUCUUAUUUCCUGGAUAAGGAUCACUUCUUGCAUUGACAUUCAAUGUCAAAGGAUUUUCUUGCUGCUGUUCCACGACUUUUCUUUUUAUGGAUUUCCUGGUAUGUUGGUCUCCUCCAAAUUUGUUCUCUUCACUUCUUCAUUCUGAGUGAUUUGUGCUUUUCAGCAAAGAUUGAGAAUGUCUUUUAGAGUUCUUUUGUACUUGUCAUUUCACUUGUUAUACUUAAAAAACACAAACAUAAAUAAUAUACAUGCACAUAUUCUGAGGGAGGUGGGUGGAGUCAUAUCACUUUGACUUUGAUAUGCUUUACCCUUUUCUCAAUGUUUUUUGUAUGAAAAUAGUAAUAUAUUUAUAUAAUGUGUAAUCUAUACUUGAUGCAUACAUGUACGGAAUAACUGUCUGUCUUGAAAAAAAAAAA